AUGAAGCUGCUUCGCACGGGCACACUGGAUGUCGAGGGACUCACGAUCAACCAAGAAGCGGAUGUACGAGAGAUGCUCGACUACCUCCAGAUCCAGAUCGAGAGUCCGGCGCCCGUGCCAUCAGCACCGAUGGCGCCACUGCAGUGGGACCCACGCCGGUGCUCCACGAAGAUUCAACUUGCGGACGACAAUACGCUUGCCGCGCACGGCCCUAUGGUUGGGACAUCGUCGUCGCGUCGCAACCAGCUCGGGUUCCUUCCACUUGACGACGAGACGCCGCCGGUGCCUGACCGCAAGAGUACGACCCGCGGCUGGUUCUUCAGCUGUGCAGACGGGAGAGUGUUCUCGCACGACGAAGCAGCGUCAAUUAGCCUCGUCGACACCACGGUGAAGCGACUUGCGCUGCUUCAAGUGACGUGGCACCGCCUCCAGCAGCGCAUCUCGUUUGCGGUCGACGGCGUACUGCUCCCGAUGAGCCUGCACAACGUCGUUAGUGACGUCGACUUGUAUCCGAUCGUGCGUCUCUUCUCCUCUGGAGCCAACGUGCGGCUCCUUCCUGUGCAAGAACACAGUUUGGUGGCGACAAUUUAG